AUGGCUGACUCUGAGAAGAAGCAAUCUACUUCUGCCGGGACAUCAGCUCUGCCUAGUUACUGGUCGACGUCACAAGAGGAAGUCCAGUCAGAUCCCUUCUCUUCUUCGUGUUCGGAUAUUACACCGAGACGGAGGCCAACCGAAAAUGGCAUAACGAAACCCAUGUCAAAGUCCGCUGGAAACCUGGAAAUAUACAACUCAAUCGAUGAAGCCGAAAACUCCAUUGAGGCCCAGAAAGCAAUAAACAAUUAUCUGUUCGGCUUUAAGAAAUGGAAGACUCGUUUGACACUGGAUGACCAACCAGACGCCAUCCAGGAACUGUACGAUGACGACAGCAAGAUAAAGCCUGUCACAGUGUCCACGAUACGGCUGAGUAACCUGCUGUAUGUCUUAGUGUUUGGCUGGUGGAUAUCUCUCGUCUAUCUGAUUGUCGGGGUCUUGUUGAUGAUCACCAUUGUGGGGAGAUCUUACCGUCCCUUCUGUUGGAAGUUGGCCAAAUACUUCCUAUGGCCUUUUGGGAAGUUUGUCCACCAAAUACAUAUCAACAACUCUCCGUCGAUGUAUUUGGCAGUAGUUAAGUCUCACCUGAACGGAGCGAUCCCGUCAGAGGGCGCCACUCCAGCCGCCAAGGAGACGACGGCUCUGUUGACGGGCACGUGGUCUGGUUCUGAGCAUGCCGCACUCAAAGAUGUCACGGUUGACAAGGACUAUUGGACGAACCCCAGAACCAUAGUGUGGCUGAUCUUGGGUUGUCCACUGUUACUGCUGGUUCACGGGAUAACCAUUUUCAUAAGCUGGAUACUGGUGGUCACGAUACCUAUUGCUAAGGUGAAUGUUAAAACUAUCCAGAAGAUCUUAUUCCUGCCUCCAGAGGCGGUUCAAAUAGAAGACACUGGAACCAUACACCUGUAUUCAAGAAUUGAACACAGCGAGAUCAUCAUGUACACCCAACAGUCUGUCAAUUUCUACUACUACAAGUACACAAUUGAUGGGAUGAACAUCGUCCUCGUCAACCUGCUUCUGUUUGUGGUGAUAACCCUGGUCCUUGGUUAUUCAGACAAAGAACACGAAUACACGAGUGGGUUUGUCAAAUGCAUCUUAUCUCUACUGGCUAUCGUUCCCCUAACCUACUACAUUGGAAUGGGAAUAGCAUGCAUUGCAGCUCAGAGUAUACUGGCUGUAGGAGCUAUCCUCAAUGCAACAUUUGGUUCACUUGUUGAGAUCAUCCUGUACGUGCUAUUUCUGGCUAACGGUCUGGAAAAUGCCAGUAACUGCUUCGUAGAGCUGGUGAAGUCGGCUAUGGCAGGUACUUUGCUGGCUACUAUGAUGUUUAUUCCCGGUUUGAGCAUGGUGGCUGGGGGCUUGAAGUACAGAACUCAGAGCUUCAACCCUCAAUCUGCCGGCGUCAGCGCUUCGCUUCUCUUCGUAUCUGUGGCAGGGAUAUUUGCCCCAACGAUUUUUUCCAAAGUGUAUGGAACGCUACAGUGUAAAAAGUGCGAGGAUUAUACAACAAACAGUACCUCAACCAACGGAACGCAUGUCGGUCUUCAGUGUUCGGACUGUAGCCAUUCCCUUUUUGGAAUUAAUGGUGACACAAAGCUUUACGACUCACACAUCAAACCCCUUGUGUAUGCUUGUGCCAUCAUGCUGCCGAUCUCCUACAUAAUAGGACUGGUGUUCACCCUGAAGACACACAAAGAGCUGUUAUACGGGAAGGACAGUGGCGAGGAACAGUCAAACGCUCACCGUGGUCAGGCCCAGUGGUCCAUCCUCAAGUCAGCCGUCAUCAUGCUAAUCGGCGCUGUCCUCAUCUCUCUCUGUGCUGAUGUGGCUACAGAGAAUAUACAACCUUUGCUGCAGGUAUCUGGUAUAUCUGAGUAUUUCAUCGGGGUAACGCUGCUGGCAAUCGUCCCCGAUCUACCGGAAGUGGUCAACGGCGUAUUGUUCGCUUUACAGAACAAUGUGGCAUUAGGGUUAGAGAUCGGCAGUUCAGCGGCUGUCCAGGUUUGCCUGGUGCAGAUUCCUACCCUCGUGCUCAUUGAUCUGAUUUAUCCUUUCGGAUUUUACCUGGUAUUCAAUGAUAUUCAUUUCUGGGCUGUGAUUUUUUCUGUCAUUGUGAUGAACUACACGAUCCAAGAUGGCAAAAGCAACUACUUUCAAGGCUGGAUAUUGCUCGGUAUUUACUUCGUUAUACUGGCUAUGUAUUUCUUCACACCAGUACCUCCUGAUGUCAGAUGUUCCUAGUUGUCUCCCUCA